AUGUAUUACAUUUAUAACCAUCAUUAUUGUAAGGAUUGUCAUCGACCAAUUUUAUUUUUUCUUUCCCUCAUAGAAAAUUAUUUUUCUUUCUUUUUGGUAUUCAUUACCGUUUUUUUUUUUCUUUACAUUCUUAAGAAAUCACUUAGUUUCUUUUGUUUUACCAUUUUUUUUUUCAUUAGUUGGAUCAGGCCUAAAGAUUUCAAUCCACACACAUCAGUUCAACUUUGUCUUUUCUUCCCACUGAUGGUCAUUUGCCAACUUCAGAAUGAUGACCUUUUGCUUAAUAUUGUCACAACUUGUCCAACGAACACGGAAACUUCUAAACAUAUUGGUCAAAUUUGGGUUCUUUCUGACUUUCCGGCCGUCGUAACAUUGAAUUGUUUAAACGGUAAUAAAACGAAAAAGAACCAUGCCGAGGUCUCUGUGAAAUUCUUCAUUGGUAUUAGUUCCGAACAAAUGAAAAAUGAGGAAGAUGUUUGUAUUAUGAAAAAGUUUCCCAAGUAUGAAACCUACCAAGUUGAAGUGAUUGUUUCAAGACGCUACAUUCCAAUCUUGAUUAAGUCUCGCUAUAUAAUCUCUCUCCCUCUCCUCUUCUCUCUCUCUUCCUCUUCUCUCUCUUCCUCUUCUCCUCUUCUCUCUCUUCCUCUUCUCCUCUUCUCUCUCUUCCUCUUCUCCUCUUCUCUCUCUUCCUCUUCUCCUCUUCUCUCUCUCUCCUCUUUCUCUCUUCUCUCUCCUCUUCUCUUCUUCUCUUCUCUUCUCUUCCUUCUUCUCUCUCUUCCUCUUCUCUCUCUCUGCUCAAUUUUAAUAGUAUAA